AUGUUAAUUAUUAUAUUUUUGUUAGCUAUUUGUGAGUCAAAAAUCUUACUAUUUGCGCAUGUUUAUUGUAUUCAUUCCACAUUUGAUUUGCCUGCAGGCCGAUGGGAGUGUCCAUGGCACCAGUGUGACGUAUGUGGCAAAGAGGCGGCUUCAUUCUGCGAGAUGUGCCCCAACUCGUACUGUAAGGAGCACAGAGAAGGCAUGCUCUUCAUCUCCAAGCUAGACGGCAAGUUGUCCUGCAGCGAGCACGACCCCUGUGGGCCCGACCCGCUAGAGCCAGGGGAGAUACGCGAAUACAUGCCCAACACGACCUCCAUGAGGCCCGGGGCUGUUGCUGCGCCCGUCACCCCUUCUUUCGUCCCAGUCACCAGACGAGUGGCUCCUUCCGCUCCCGUCUCUGCCUCAGCCAACCAAGCGACUUCAUCGAGGCAAGCGCCUCCUCCUCGUCUCUACAUCAACACCAAGACUGCUACCUCAAGCUUCGUCCCCUCCGGCAGGUCCUACCUCACGGGCAGAACUGACGAGAAAGCUUUCCCCACUCCUGCCUCCUCCGAGACAGAGAGAGAGGACGGGGAGGUGGAGGACGGGGAGGUGUGCGGGUUGGACGUGGACGGUGUGGAAGACGACGAUGACGAUGAAGAAGACGAAGAAGAAGAAGAGGGCGAUGAGGAAGAGAACGAUAUGGAGGAGAUGGAGAUAGUAGAGGACGAGGAGGAUGAGCCACUGUAUGGAGGAAAUCUGCCAGAGGAUGAUGAGGAGGAGGACGAGGGCGGGGACGAAGAUGACACUUGGGGUGAUUAUGUGGAGGAAGACGACGGAGAGGUGGAGGGCGAGGACUCGGAGGACUGGGGGAGAGUGGAGGAUGAUGACAAGUGACUGUUCAUCCUGUCCUUCCUUAUAUCUCAGCAGCAAAACUCUCAGUAGACAUUGAAAGGCCUGAAAGAGUUUCAUAUUUUGGUACCUACUUGAAUGCAACACUGCCUUCAGUUUGGUACAACAUUGCCUUCUCAUCUGCACACCGCUGGACUGACAGCAGGGAUGAGUACUGGUGCUAAGGCUUCGACGGCUGCUUCACUCAGCCCCUUUCUACUUCUGUUGAUAUGUAUGUGUCUGGUGCUGUUUUGUUCUCUUGUUGUUUCUCUUAACAAUGUUUACAUUUUUUGGCCUUUUUUUUUUUUAAGAAAAAAAAAAACCUGUUUGGAAUAUAAGAAAAAAGGUGGGAAGCUUCACCUGACCAAACUGUCAUCUUAAGGGCAUCUUAUGUUGUUGUUACUGUCUUAACUUUGUCUUUCCAAUCAGAGGAGUCUUCAAAACAUUGUUCUCACAUGUCCGUGUUACAGUUAGGCAGAGGGAGUACCCGCCUGGUGCUUGUGACGAAUGCAGAAAUGAACCCACUGGAGUCUUCUUGCUAUAAAUGAUCUUCUCACAACAAAAACUACCCCAGUUUCUUUUAUUUGACAACAAGUAGCUCACAGCUCAGGAUCUUUGGAACAGAGAAAUAAAAGACAAAAGCGUCAUCUUCUCACAACCUAAACAUGAAUCACAGAUAUCGCCAGUGUUGGUUUUAUAACCGCUGCUGCUGUUGCACUGACUAAAUUAGAAUAAAAUCCUUGUACUUACUGGAUCUCAGUAUCCAAGGAUCUGUC